CCGCUCAUCGGCCCAGAAGGUUAGCCCACGGCCGAGGGCAGCCCAAGAACAGAGACACACUACCUCCAACUUUCCCCUUCUUCCUUCUCCCGGAAGAUUCCAGCUUCCUCUUCUUCCUCUGCCUGCGCUCCCAAUUCCUGUCGUCCCCUUCCCGCUCUCUCUCCAGAGGCACAGGCAACUCCUCCCCCUCUCCAAAUCGCGGCGAUCCCAAUCCCCUUCCUCUCCCAUUCCCCGCUGCGGCUGCCAUCCCAAUGAAGCCCACUACCAGAGCUGCGACCCCGCGGGGGUCGCCGCCUUCCUCCGCCGCCACCAGGCGCCACCGGGAGGCGGCAUUGCCGCUGGCGCUGGGGGACGUCACCAACCUCCUCCUCCCCGACACCCCGACCCCAAUCAAACCCAGGAGAACCUCCGCGGCCUCCGCCUCCGCCUCCUCCUCCACGGCCUCCGUCACGCCCGCGACCAAGCCGUCCUCCUCCGCCACGCCCUCCGUCACGCCCGCGCCCAAGCCUUCCUCCGCCUCCGUCCUUGAGGCUGAGCGCAGCGCCGUUGCAUCGCCGGCCAUCUCCACGCUUUACGCCACGCGCAGCAGGGCUACUGAGGCUCGGCGGACCACGAGGAACCCCACCGGCACCAACAGCAAGGGCAAGGAACCUGUUGCCGCUUCUGCUGCUGGAACAUCGAGCUUCCCCCAUCUUGGAAAAUCUACGAGCAGGAAAACCACUACGGCUCAGGAUUCUCAACUCAUUUCUUCUUCAGCUGUCACGCCCCCACCCAAACCUUCCUCUGCUGCCGCCCUUGAAGUUGAGGAGGAGCGCAGUUUGGUCGCGUCACCAUCCAUCUCCACGGUAUAUGCCAAGCGUAGGACUCCUGACGCUCAAGGGAUGAGGAGGAACUCCACCGGCGCAAACAACAGGGGCAGGAAACUUGUUGCUGCUGCUGGAACAGCGAGCUGCCCUCUUCUUGGAAAAGCUACUAGCAGGAAAACCUCAAUGGUCCAGGAUACUCAGCCCAUUUCUUCUUCAGCUCCUUGUCAUGAAGCUAAAAAGAAGCGGCCCUCUCGAAGCACACCCAAGUUACCAGAAGACUUUGUGAAGAAACAGAGAGCGUACUUUGCAGAUAUCGAUGCCUUUGAACUGGAAGAGGAAGAGGUCUCCAAAACUGACCUGGAGUGAGAGAACUGAAGCUGAUCCAUAGGUUUUCCUGAAAGUAUAUGACCUUUUCUGUACAGAAGGACACUCAGUGUUCCUUUUACAGUGUAGCUGCGAGUUAUGGUAGCAGGAUAUAUAGCUCUUGGAACAGGAGGCAGUGUAGACAUGUAGUGUACCAUAGUGAUUACUGGUCAAUGCUCCACUAGGCCGGUAAUGGUCCUUUGGUUAAUACUAGUGUGUUCGGCAGAUACUAGGGUCUGAAAACAAGGGGUAGCUUUGACUGUGUGAGAAAAAUGGGCCAGCUGACAGGACUAAUAUCUAUACUUUGUACAAUGCCAUCACA